UGAGCUAUCAUUCCAAAACUCGCAGCCAAUCAGAAACCUCUGCAUCCGAGUAGCAGUUAGCGCGAAGGUGGAAGAUCCACUACUUCCAUAGUGUCGUGGUGAUCACCUCCACCUACUCCUGAUCCUUCCAGCAUUAAACUCGGGAAAUCCCUCACAGGCUAUGGCUUCGACUUGUCCAAGACAGGUGCGGCAGGGUAGGACCAGGUCGAGAUAUGGCUGCCGAAAUUGCAAGCUUCGAAAACUCAAGUGCGACGAAGGUAAACCACAGUGCAAGAGAUGUCGUUCAUUCGGGGUAUUAUGCAACUUCAUGUCGAACAUCCCCGACCUCCAACCCGUCGCUUCUGACACAGGGCCAUUGGUGGUUAGAAGACAAACAGAGCUUCAGCCCUCUCUCACAAAUGCUGUCUGGACAUCUGAUGCAUCGACGUCCUAUCGAUAUCAUCUGAACGCAAAGUGUCAAGAUUUUAUAACCCGGUACCUUGGACGAAGUCUCAUUACCCCAGACGACCCUAAUAUGAUACAGGUUAAUCGCAAGCUCCUAGAAUUAGCCUUCGCCUACCCUUUCUUAAUGCACGCCUCUCUAGCUGUGGCGCUUACAUAUGACCGCCAUCUGAAUGGCCCCUUAGACAGUCGUCGCACUCUAGAAGAGUGCUAUCACUGGUCUCAAUGCACAGUUCUCUUGAACAAGCGGCUAAGACAACCGAUUGAAGCAAAAGAUAAGGAUCCAAUCUGGGGUACUGCGGCUGCUUUAGUUAUCUUGACCUUCUCGUCCCCUGAUGCACGCACACCGGAGCAAGCGUGGCCUCUAAAGUCUUCCGACUCCUCCGACUUGGACUGGCUGCGCAUGAGCGAGGGUAAAAUGUCAUUGUGGCACAUGGUCAACCCGCUACGACCAGACAGCCUUUUUCGCGUCAUGGCGGCGACCUUUGCUCAAAUGAAUUCACCAUUGCCAGAGGGAGGCAUAGAUGGUAUACCAAGGCCCUUGGCUACUGUGUGUAACCUCAAAGAGUCAUCUACAGCAGAAAAUAAUCCGUAUUUCCAUGCCGCCCACGCGGUAUCCCAGAUCCUGAACCUCCCGGAUAGCGAGGUCACAACAGGUCCGACUCAACUCUUCAUGCGGAGUGUCCAUGGCCCUUUCAGAGACUUGCUCCUGAAAAGGGAUCCUGCAGCACUAUUGUUGCUCUAUCUAUGGUACCGCAAAGCAAGUCGCAGCAUAUGGUGGAUUGAACUUAGGGCUAGACUGGAAUGUCCUUCUAUUUGCUUGUACCUGCGACUAUAUCACGAAACGAAUGGUGCUGUACAGGCAUUCCUCCCGGGAGGAGCUCUCGACAAUAAGUGGAACUACUAAACCAUCUAUCAAAGUGAUCGAAGGCGUGAUUAGUCCUUCAUUGGCUCUAUGUAUGGGAAUAUAGGACGAGUAUGCCCAUACUGCUGAUACAAUCACUCCGGAAAUGCGUCAGCGAUGAUGGUGAUCAUUUAAACCAAUACACAUCAUUUACUCUACGAUUGUCCAGGCUAGCUCCUGGAUCAUCCGUCAAAGUUUAUGCUCCUUGAGAACAUUCAUACCCACGGAAGGGUCGACAGUUGGUACUGCAAUGAUUCGUCACUAAUUGCAAAAAAGAAUAGACGAGGGCGUAUAUUUUCAGAUUUGUCUAAAUGAAUAGAAAAUAUAUACGAAAUUAUGCCAACCUAGAGUUUGGCUUAGAUCAAAGAUAUUUCUGAUAGCACGGCGAGUUCUCUAGCCAUGU